AGAUCAUACUCAUAGUGCACCAUCAAAGCUGCCAAUGUAUGUAUGCGGAUACUCUUCCAGAACACGGUUCUUUCUGGGAGCCAAACCACUUCAUGCAAUCGAAAAAACCGCAAAGCCACAGCAAGGCUGAAAAGCAUGCGAGCACUACAUGCUCAGGAAUGUCAGGCAAGAACAGAACAGCUAUGUGGUUGCAUUCCAAGUGCUAAUGCACUAAUGUGCCACCUCCUACAUUCGUACAGUUCCAGCAAUGCUGCAUAACACAGUAUGGCGGCAAACGAAAAAGAGCAAACAGAAGCACACAACUACAAUCAGUACUGUGAUGUUGCACCAUUGCCAUUGGUAAUGGUAGGCAUUGACAUUGUGCUGAAGUCACAACUCCGAGUACUGUACUGUACAGUGCUGGUAAAGUGUCACAGUCAGCAGAACAGCAUGUGUCAAUCCCAAAGCGUGUGCAUGCCAUCAUACAUGUGCAGCAAACAAUACUAGGAUUGCAUGCAGCCUUGCCAAGCCAAUUGCAUUUUGCAAUCAGUAGUAUUCGUGUCCCGCGUGUUGCUGCACUUCAGUUGCCACCAGAGCUCGCAAGGCAAUACGUACCCCCUCUGCCAUUAGAAACGAACAUGGAAAGGGCAAUGAACAACCAACAACCCGACAGUGCUGACUUUCACGGCUUCCCGAGCUCUUCCCUCCUCGUGGUCAACUGACGGCCGCAAAGCUAGCAAGUUGACUUCUGGCCAAAUCACUCUCGUCAGGCGGUUACUCUGUAGCGUGAGUGCUUGAACAGCGUGUGGAGACGCAAACCGGUGCUGCGAGAGCUAUCUGUUCCUCGCUCUGCCCAGCUGUUCGCCAAACCGUUGGCUCGUCCAUUGAUUCAGUAGUCUUGUUUUCACCGAAAGGCAAGUACACAUCACUACACGCAGUGCUAAUAGAUUGACGGGCAACCUGGUGUGGCGUACUCGUCUAGCUGCUCCGUGUUCUCUGACCUCUAGAUGGCUGAACAGAGCCUGGCAUCGCCGCUUGUAGCAGUACCAGCACCUUGCGCAAUACAAGCCCAUCCACUAGGUCACGCCAUAUCCUGCAGAUGCCGUAAUUUUACCAUUACACUUACUGGGUGAACAACAAGAGAAGAGAGCAAUGGGACCUGCGCAGCGAAAGCCUAGACGAUCCGGGAAACAGAAUUCUCUACCGGUGAUGGUGGCGAUCCUGGGCGCCAUGCAACUGGCUACGCUAAUCUACACGAUAAUUCUGAGUGUGGUUGUUGCGAGGCUGGCCUACAGUGACAAGGCCUUGUGCAGAACCAUCGCCAAAAGCAAGCACAGCAACCUAACGGUAUGUAAAGGAGCAAAUCCGCUUCAGCAAGCGCAAUGUAUUGUGUCCUGCUUUAAAGGUACUGAGAAUGGUCUUGGAGACGGUCAUCUCGAUGCACCUCACGUCGAAAUCGGGCAGCGGAAGCGCACCGCCCCUGGGUCUGGGAUGGCGGUAUCUCGCCAGCUGGCUCGGCACGGGAUAUGGCGAGCCCUGGUAUCAAACCGUCAAAUGCUAGCUCCUACUCAACUUGCCCAUACGAUCACCCCCUCCUCCGGUGAAGAUGUUCUCGCUACAAGAGAAUCCUGGCCUGCUAGAGGACACGAGAUAGUCCAGGAAAUGGCGACGAGGAGGCAGUUCCCAGACCAUCCACCAAAGGUCCUGCUGAGAAGAAGAAGACGAGCUGAUCAGUGCUCCAGAAAAGGGGACCUGUUCUGUCGAGUUCCUUUGCGCAUCAUCUGCAAGUUCUGGAAGAGUUUGCAUCGUAACGGAACUCAGUGUUCCAGCUUGGACUUCCAGGUCCUGGCGGGCGUGUAUGACUGGUCACAGCGUCCCAACAUUACGAAGCAGACAUCAGCAGAGUGCGUGCAGUCGUGCACGUGGCAGAAAGGCGAACAGCGCCGGCAUCGCAUACGUCACUGCCUAGGCUGUCUUCAAAAAGAUUUGUACAAGACUUUCUCGCCAUUCACACUGGAUGGUGCAAUGGAAGAGCAGUGCUGCAACAUCACAGUGCACCCUGAGUUAAGAGGACCAGCCGGACCACCAGGACUGCAGGGUGCUGUCGGACCACAAGGCCUUCCUGGACUGUCCGGGCCUGUGGGGCACCCAGGAAGGAUGGGACAACCUGGACUUCGAGGACUAGCAGGAGAAGAUUGCCAGCUGAGGUCGGAUGUAGACAUGUACCUGGCCUCCGGUCGCAGUACCGACACUGUGUUUGUACAGACCUUUCACGCAGCCAGCACAGAAACCCAUCCAAUCGUAAGCACUGCUGACCUGUCCAUGAUUCAGCAGCCAGGCCGGGUGAACUCACAGCGCUAUCGCCCUCUCCCGAACGGAGUCGGAAUCCUGCAGUCUGGAGGAUAUCAAUUCACAGCAAAGGUGCCUAUAUUCUCUGGCUGGCGAGUGCCGGAAAGAUCAUGUCGGUUUGCUCCUGGUGCAGUUUUUCAACUCAUUGUCCAUAUCGGUGAUCGUGAUCAGAUCAUCGCCAGCCAUACACUUUUCCAGUACAAGGAGGCAUCCUUCACUUCAGCUAUGCUACAUAUCCACGAGUAUCGCACUGUUCGCGCUCCUACCGAUGUCACCCUGGCUCUGACGGCCAGACACAUCAGCGGGGUAUCUGUCGUGCCGUGCGUCUGCAUCGAUGCGUCCAAUGUAGUAUUUCAAAUCAAGCUCGAAGCAAAGCAUAGUGCAGCUGUGUAAAGCAGACCGUUACUAUCGGUACGUGUACGUUCACAGAUGACCAUCAGAUGUUCAAUGUGUCAUCCGAUCAGGACAGAAUCUAGUGCCGUAGUGGUGUUUCAUGAUGUGAGAUCAUGAUGUCAUUCUGCCAGUAUCCCACCAUGCCAAUGGAAUGCAGCCUCCUUGCCUGGAGAUAAUGAGACUAGUUUCAGGCAUUGCUUUUCAAUCUACCGACACUGCCUCCUGCCAACUGCGCCUUGAACAGAUUGUAGAGGUAGCUUCAGCGUUCCUGCCACGAUUUCCGUGCUUUCGCAGCUACAUAGCUACUAACCGGAAGCCAACUACACCCACUACUAUUGUAAUACGAACAAGUUUCAAGUUGCCACGGAACGAAAUGUUCUUCAGCUUUCAGACUUCCAUCAGUGUUACUCAUACUAGGACUCAGGAGCCUCCUUUGCGAAUGCCAAAUGAAGCUACUUCGAAGUAGUUUGGACCAGUGCAUAGUCGUUUGGAGUGAGCAUACUGAGUGUGACUUUACAACUGCGUGCGGAUCUCAGUGCCGGUGUUGCCGUUCGCCUGUUUUGUUAUACGCGUUUGCAAUGAUUACAUGUGUAUGGUUUUAUUGCCAUGGUAUGUGAAGUUACAAAAGUUGACCGCACUGGCCACAAUUUGCUGUGUGAAGUCUAUCAUAUGCGUGAAAAACCGAUGCCAAUCAACAUGCCACAAUGAUGACUGCUCGGCAUUCUGUUCUAUCCGAUUCCUUCAGGCCGCGCACUGUUACACACAGCUACAUUGAUGUAUUUGCGCACUGCUCAACAGUUACUGAUCGUGAGAAUAUGCACGUGUACUCGUUUUCCACAGCAUGUGUACCGAUCACUACAAUUUUAGUCUAUAGACAUUAAUUUUGACUGUCUGACUCUUCUACUUUCUGUCUGUGGUUCGAGUUCAGUGCCGGUCAUCCAUGUACAUGUAGCUAUUGUAGGUGGAUCCAGUGAGUGACCAGGCUGCAUCAUUCUGUUUACUUGUCCGAUCCUCGUACUGGCCCAUGCAAUUUCUUCAUGUAUCUGCUUGGCAAUGUAGCCGCUACGUGUGGCCGACAAGUAAGUUGUGUGCACCGACCAUGGACUCUCUGGUCGGUGCACACAACUAACGUGUUACCGUAUUUUACUGGUUGUAAGUCGACCCCCUAUCUGGAGGUCUCAAUUCUGCGUUUUAAAGUUUUCACCCAAAGAAGCACUACUAACCACCUCCUGCUACUAGCACAUCAACAAAUCAUGUAA